CAUAGAUCAGGGUGGUGCACUACGGUGUAAUCCACCCUUCCUUCUUUACUAAACAACGAAAAUUCUCACUCCAUCUUAUCUUUUGCGCUUUCCUCUCUCGCAUCUUUCCCGUUUCAAUAAUACACUUACACUUACACUUAGUACCUACCGAAUAUUGGAUUUCCUUCCGAAUCCUCGAAAGCCGACACUCACUCGACCUCACCACUUCAACGCGCUCACAAUGUCUUCCGAUUAUUCUGAUGACGACAUGCCUUUGGCUCGUACUAACGGCCAACUCUCAGCUUCUCAAAUCUCGAAAACCGAAGACAAAGCCAUGGAUCGUCGCGCCACCAAGCCUAAGCCUGCUCCCAUGUCUAUUCGUAAUGGACCGGUGGGCGAUGACGGAUCUCCGCGCGUUAACGGCAACGGAAAGCGAAAGUCGCGAUCUUCUACUGGUAAUGUGAAUUACAAGGACAACUCAGAUUCCGAAGAUAAUCGAUUGGCGAAGCGUCAAAGGAAAGUCGAGACUGAUGACUCUGAUGAUGAGGUUCUUAGCAAGAGAAAGUCCAGACUCCCGCCUGCUGCCGAAGAAACCGCUGUAGCCGAGGACUCCGACGAUGAUCAACCACUAAACGCCAAACUUGCUUCUAAGAGAAAGGCCAUCGAGAAGAAUGCUGAGAAAGAUGCUAAGGCUAUCCGUGCGAACGAGGCCAAAGCCAAGAAGCCUACUCCGAAGAAGGUUGUCAAGGACGAGUCGGAUGACGAUGUCCCUCUAUCAGGCGCCAAGGGCAAGAAGCGAACAGCAAACGGUGUCAACGGAAAGGGCAAGGCAAAUGGUGUCAAGAAAGAAGAGUCCGAUUCCGACUUGCCUAUUCGCAAGAAACCAAAGAUCGCUCCCACGAAGGGCAACGCGAAGGCCGAGAAGGCCACUCCCGCCAAGAAGGCUCCCGCUAAGAAAGCUAAAGAAAUUAGUCAAGAACCAGGCGAAGAGGAUGACGAGGAGGCAGAGUACCGCUGGUGGGACGCGCCCAAGAAAGAAGACGACAGCAUCAAAUGGACCACUCUUGAGCACAAUGGUGUUCUCUUCCCCCCGGAAUAUGAAACCCUUCCCAAGAAUGUCAAGCUCAUCUACGACGGUACUCCGGUCAAUCUCCAUAUCGAGGCCGAGGAAGUUGCUAGUUUCUUUGGUUCAAUGCUCAAUUCAACUCACAACGUCGAGAACCCUGUUUUCCAAAAGAAUUUCUUCCAGGACUUCAAGGAGAUACUCGACAAGACGGGUGGCGCAACGGACCGCAGCGGUAACAAGGUCAACAUCAAGGAGUUUGCCAAGUUAGACUUCAAGCCUAUUUUUGAAUACUACCACGCCAAGAAUGAGGCCAAGAAGGCGAGGCCAGCUGCUGAAAAGAAAGCCGAAAAGGCGGAGAAGGACAAGGUCGAGGCCCCGUACAUGUACUGCAAAUGGGACGGUCGCAAAGAGAAGGUAGGCAACUUCCGAGUCGAACCUCCCGGACUAUUCCGUGGUCGUGGCGAGCACCCGAAGACCGGUAAAGUCAAGAAGCGAGUCCUACCUGAGCAAAUCACCAUCAACAUCGGCAAAGACGCGAAGGUCCCAGCUCCCCCGUCAGGCCACAAGUGGAAGGCUAUCCAACACGACAAUAAAGCGACAUGGCUAGCGAUGUGGCAAGAGAACAUCAACGGUUCGUACAAAUACGUUAUGCUUGGUGCAACAAGUGCCGUCAAGGGUCAAAGCGACUUCAAGAAGUUCGAGAAGGCUCGAGAGCUCAAGAAGUACAUCGCCAAGAUCCGUAAGGACUACACCAAGGAUUUGAAGGCGGAAUCUAUGGCCGAUCGUCAGCGAGCCACGGCCGUAUACCUGAUUGACAAGUUCGCCCUCAGAGCUGGUAACGAGAAGGACACAGAGAAUGAAGCUGAGACCGUUGGUUGCUGCUCACUUAAAUUUGAACACGUUACCCUUCGGGAGCCUAAUACUGUUAUCUUCGACUUUUUGGGUAAAGACAGUAUUCGAUUCUACGACGAAGUUUUGGUUGAUAGGCAAGUUUUCAAGAACCUGCGGGUCUUCAAGAAGCCCCCGAAGAAGGACGGUGACGACAUUUUUGACCGUCUUACCACCACCCAGUUGAAUAAGCAUCUUUCCUCAUACAUGCAAGGAUUGACCGCAAAGGUCUUCCGUACCUACAACGCUUCGUACACAAUGUCGAAUCUACUUAGAGAUUUAUCGGUCCACAAGAACACAACUAUGGCAGAGAAGAUCAAAUUAUACAACGACUGCAAUCGCGAGGUCGCUAUUCUCUGUAACCAUAAGCGAACCGUUGGUGCUAGUCACGAAGCGCAAAUGGAGAAGCUUGGAGAUCGCAUUAAGGGCUUGAAGUAUCAGAAAUGGCGUAACAAGCAGAUGCUUCUAGAUGUUGAUCCGAAACAAAAGAAGCGAAAGGGUGCUGCAUUCUUUGAACUAGACUCAGACCUUGACGAUGCAUGGAUCCAAGAGCAUCAGGCCUUCCUCGUCGAAGAACAACGGACGAAGAUUCAAAAGAAAUUCGAGAAAGACAACCAGAAGCUCCAGGAGGAAGGCAAGAAGCCUAUGCCUGAUAAAGAGCUCAAGGAGCGUAUGGAGGCCGCGGAUGAACUCGCUAAGAAGUUCAAGAAGGAAAAUAAGACCAAGAAGGUCGAGGCCGAAGGAAGAGGUCCUACCGUUGAAAAGAUUGAAGGCAACAUCCAGAAGAUCGAAGAGCGCAUUAGAACUCUAGAGCUCCAAGCCGCCGACCGUGAUGGCAACAAGGAAGUUGCUCUUGGCACGUCAAAAAUCAAUUACAUUGACCCCCGUCUCACCGUCGUCUUUUCCAAGAAGUUUGACGUACCCAUCGAGAAAUUUUUCUCUAAGACGCUGCGUGAGAAGUUCAAUUGGGCCAUCAAGUCCGUAGAGGACGAUGACCAUUGGGAGUUCUAAAGAAAUACCCAUUAUUUACACAUGAUUUACGCAUCAACUGUAUC